GAAGAAGAUGCCGUGUAUGUACAUCGGCAUCCCCGUCGUCGGUAAGUGUUGACAACUAUGGACAAGUUGCUAAGCGUCGGGACUAAGAUUGUCGCCGUUGGCCGUAAUUACGCCGCUCAUGCUAAAGAACUCGGCAACGCCGUCCCUAAGGAGCCGGUUUUGUUUAUGAAACCGACAACCUCCUACUUGGCAAAUGGGGGAACGAUCGAAGUUCCGAAUCCGUUAGAAUCGCUCGAUCACGAGGUGGAGCUGGCGGUUGUUAUUAGCAAAAAGGCUCGCGAUGUUCCUGAAGGCACUGCCAUGGAUUACGUGGGAGGCUAUGCACUUGCACUGGAUAUGACUGCAAGGGAAAUCCAGGCGUCUGCGAAGUCUGCAGGUCUUCCGUGGACUGUUGCUAAAGGACAGGAUACUUUCACACCAAUCAGCUCCAUCCUAUCCUUGUCAAGGGUGCCAGAUCCUCAUAGCUUGGAAUUGUGGUUAAAGGUAGAUGGAGAAAUACGGCAAAAAGGGUCAACAGCAGAUAUGAUGUUUAAGAUCCCGUUUCUGAUCAGUUAUAUUAGCUCAAUGAUGACACUUCUUGAAGGCGAUGUCAUACUAACAGGAACCCCAAAGGGUGUUGGGCCAGUUAAAGUUGGUCAGAAGAUAGAAGCUGGCAUAACUGGGCUCUUGGAUAUGCACUUUGACGUAGGAAGACGUCAAAAGACCUGAUCGAAAUCCCGGGUUGAAGUGCCUAAAAUUUGCCUAGUUUCAAAUACAAAGUUGAACAAUUUCAUGGGCAUUAAUCUUGAAGCAUUUUGUUAGCAAUCAACAGUAGUUUCAUGAAUCUUGAAGCAUUUUCUUGGCAAUCAACAGUAGUUUCCUCAGGAAAUGCUUGAGAAUAAACAUUUAGUUGAUCUUAAAGUCCAAGACAGAAAAUUUAUCUGCUGCUUUCAUGUCUGUGACUAUCAAUAAUGUAAUCAAUUCUGAAGGUUAGAAGGUCCAAAGGUUUGCAGAAUUUGGAGGGAUUUAGAAUUGAGUUUUAUUUUAAUCCCAAAAAUAUUGGAUUUAGAAA